AUGGAUAAAAAGAAAUCAGCUUUUACUACGCCAAAGCAAGCUAAGACUAUAUCUAAAUUCGAUAAAUCUAAAAAAGCAAAAGGAGAUUGCUUUGACUCUAAGAGCUCAUCACAUACCCAAUUCUUUGCAAAAGAAGAACAUGGGGAGAAAUUUAAUAAAAUAACUAAAGAUGAAUAUUUCCAUAUUCCCGAAUCUAUUUCUGGAUCAUCCGAUACAUUUCAUUGUGUUCAUGGUCCAGAAGGUAAAUUGUAUACCGAGGAUGGUCUACUAAAAAGAAACCUUCUUAAAGAGUUGGAUCCAAUACCAUUAGAUAGAAAUUGGAACGACCAAUGUCCGCCUGCGAAAGGAUGGGAUAUGGUGAGGAUGCUAGAGUUUAUGGUCUUGGACCCUGUGGCCGGCGAGCAAAUAGAAAGAUUAGAAGCCCACUUGCGUGACUUUGCAAGGACCACCAGUGGAGGAUUUUUAAUUGACAGCCUGAACAGUGUAUGCUUGAUAAUGGAUUUUUUAAUCACUAACCUGCCACAAAAGCCGCAAUUAAGGGAAGGACUAACCUUGUUAUUGAGAAAUGUGGAAAAGCCGAUACUGUUAUUAGUCGCUUCUGAUGUUAUAAAAUAUUUUGAGACGUUACAAAAUUACUUUGGAUUUUUAGGCUACCUUCUAAUGCAAAUCCAGGAUGAUGAUUUAUUUGAUUUGGUAUCAAAGGGAUUACUAUGGCAGUUAUCAGCGCCGGAUGCUCUGCGAGGAAACGGGGCCGCUCAACUCCGCCAUACUCUGUCUGCCGCAGGACCAUUUCUUUAUGUAACAAUAGUUAGAAUGCUAGCUAUUUCUACCUCACACAGAUUUCCAACAUUUCUGCAAAUGGCUCUUCUCCUUGCCUGUGAUUCUGUGGAUAACUGUAUCUCUAUGAUGAAAGAGAAUAUAAUUGAAAACAUUUUCUAUCGCUUCAAUCCUUACUUCCCGGAAAGAGCACUGCCCGAUUAUGAUAUAAAUCCAUUAAAUCCACAGGAUAUUAACGUGAAACUUGGUGACAGCAGCAUACAUAUGUCGAAUACGCUAUCAUUACUACUCAUUCUUUUGAAGACUACGUUAGAUUUUUUGAAUAGAAAUCCAAAGCAACGUUUGUUAUUGCCUAGCCCUGACAACUAUGCUCAAAAAUGUUUCGUCUGGGCGUUCCGAUACGAGUGCAGGGCCCGGGAGCACAGGCACGAGAGGAUCACGCUCACUGUCAUCGCUACUGCACUGUUUAAGUGCUUCAGUGAAAGAUUAACGGCCUGCUCUUCGCUGAUAAUGCUUGAUGUUAUGUCUUUGGCAGUAUUUACAGAGGUACCGCCAAGGCGAGAUUGGACGCGUACAGUGAACUUUAAUACUGGUCAAUUAGAUGUACAAUUCAAAAAGAUACUUAUAUUUUUCUCUGUCGACUUGAUAAAAUACUAUCCGUACAAUCAAUUUAUGAUUGAAUCCCAGUACUGGCUGUUGGGCUUAAUGUAUAUGAUAGAUCCGGGACUUUCUUGUUUAAGAGCGAAAUGGUCCACAGCUCUCUUCAGUGAACUUCGAAAAACCGCUCUUCAAGCUCUCGUUUGUACCAUCCCCUUGAUGCCGCCUAAAGUUAUUAGACGAUAUGGGUUAAUUAUGAGAAUAAUGUGGUACGUUGAGUGGUAUUCAGAGAACCCUUACGAAUUAUCAGUACUCUACUGGUGUUUAAGAGUGCUGCAAGUUUCGAUACAUAACAGAAAUAUUAAUACGCGACGGGAGUCAAUUCAAGAUUUAUUUGACACGCAUGGGAUAAUAAUUUUAAUGCAUUUAUGUUACACUCUACUCGAACAAAAAACACCACCAGUGGAGAAGAGCCAAGCUAUAAUAGCGAUAUGUCUUCGCCUGUUAACAAGUGCAGUGGAAUUGAACGCUAAAAUCAGUUGCUGUGUGUACCCUGACAUAAAGUGGCCCAUCACUAUCGGAAGACUCGCCAGGAAAAUGCUAAAUGACAUUUUGUUCGCUUUGGACAAACAUUUGAUUAUAAAUGAAAAAUGGAUGAUAGCGUUAUUAAAUUUUAUUUGGGAAGGAAUUGUUUGGAAAAAGGAAUAUAGAGCAUUUUUUGUAUCACAAAAUGGAGUUUACAAACUUCUCGAUCUUAUCACAUUGACAAGAGCACCUAUUCAAUGUAUUACAAUGGCUGUCAUCUGUGAUAUUGCAAGGAGUGGAGAAGCUGUGGGCCAGCUGAUCACGUGGAGAGCAAAUAUUGGCGCCUCUAACACAUAUCCCAAUGUUGUGAAACGUGGGUCGACGAUCGCUACACUGCUGGCGGCUAUUUUUCGCGACGAAUGCUUGGCUACCGGCGUUCGCCUAAACGAAUAUGGAGUCUUAGAAAAUUUGGAAUACCCACUUUUAUCCACAACUCUUAGAAAUAUCUUAUAUGGGGAUGAUUUAGCCAGCGAUCCUACGGUUUGCUACACCGCAGUCGAUAUGGCAGGGUCAAGGAUGUCCAAGGCCUACGCUUUACUUCAAUUACUUUCCGAAGAUUUAGCGAAUAAAGUGAACAUCGCUGAUGAAACCUACAAUUUGUAUAAAAACAUUAAAUUGACACCUGAAGACGAGACAAUACUUGUUCUGUGCUCACACUAUUUGACGAUUAAAUUGAAUGAAUGUUGGUACGAAACAAAGGUCCGAAGUCAGGGAUACCUACCUCACGAUGAAACUGUCUUGAGCGAGUUUUUACACAUUUGCAAGGGUUGGAAUAAAGAAAUAAAACAAAUGCAGGAGGACGUAAUUGAGAAGGAUAGAAUAAAGGAAUUAGAGGACGAAAGUUCCCUAUACGCUUUCCUAGCCCGCGUGCGCCUGAACAUAGCUCUGGACGCACUGAACGAGGUCCGAUGCGUGGCGCGCUCCGCGGACCGUGCGCAGUUGACGCACGCCAUGCUACACGACGCUGUGCGGGCGCACCACAGACGUUACACCGCCGCUAAAGCCCUGCAAACUGUUGUCUUGAGGACGUAUGGACCAACUUUGGAUGAUCAGAAUAUAACUGGACAGUACGUAAAGGUAUAUAGUAUCUACCCCAAGAACAAGCCAAGGCCCAAAGAAGAUUAUUCGUCAGCUUGA